AUGGGCGGCGCAGCAAUAGACAAGUCUAAGCUCUCCGCCGAAUCCAUUUUCCGCGUAGAUGGGCUCGUGGCUGUUAUCACUGGCGGCGGCACUGGCAUCGGCCUAACCAUGGCAAAAUCCCUCUCCGCCAACGGUGCCAGCAAAGUCUACAUCCUCGGCCGCCGCCUUUCCGCCCUCCAAUCCGCGUCCCAAUCAGCCCCCAACCUCAUCCCCAUCCAAUGCGACGUCACCAGCUACUCCUCUCUCCAAUCUGCCGUAGACAAGAUCACUGCCGAAACAGGAUACAUCAACCUGCUCAUUUGUAACGCCGGCGUUGCCGACCCUGCCAGCAAGAACUUCGAUCCUACAUUAAGCCUCAAGGAAAACAGGGAGCGGAUGCUUACGCCUGAGGCGAUGGAGGGUAUGAACCGGACGUUCGAAACAAACGUUACGGGGGCAUAUUACACCAUGGUGGCGUUUCUUGAUCUGCUAGAGGAAGGAAACAAACGUGCUCUCAGAGGGGGCUGGGGAAAGCCAGAAAGAGAGGGGGGUGAUGUAUUGAGUGUCCAGAGUCAGGUAAUCUUUACGGCAUCGAUUGCGGCGUACUCAAGGCAUGCGGCGAGUGGACCGGCGUAUGCGGGGAGUAAGGCGGCGGUGGUGCAGUUGGUCAAGCAGGCGAGUAGUGGACUGGCUAGGUAUGGGUUGAGGGUUAAUGCCAUUGCGCCGGGGUUAUUCCCUUCGGAACUAGCGCAGGGCCUCACCGGCGGACGGGACCCCAGCACAGAGGGACCGGACCACCCGCUGUUUAUUCCGGCACGGAGGUUUGGUGUAGAAGAAGAGAUUGCGGGAGCAAUUCUGUACUUGGCAAGCAAGGCAGGCGCGUUUUGUAAUGGGAGCAUCUUGAUGUUUGAUGGUGGGCGGUUAUCGGUUAUGGUGGGGAGUUACUAA